AAGUGAAGAGGCACGGGUUCUCUAUACCCUGCCUCGUCAGCUGAUCAAACCCCACGCAACUAAAACGGCCGUGGACUUACCGGUGAGAGGGACAAAUUUGGCCGGUUCCAUUCCCUCUCUUUAACCAACAAGCGUUUGAAUAACAUUCUCCAAAUCUAUACAGCACUCGUGACUUUAUAAAAGCUCAAUCGCAUCUCUUUUAUUAUUAUUGUUAUAAUAUUUAGAGAUGGCGAUACUAUACGCGGUAGUGGCACGGGGCACGGUGGUCCUGGCGGAGUUCAGCGCCGUCACCGGGAACACCGGGGCGGUGGCCAGACGGAUUCUGGAGAAGCUGCCGGCUGAGGCUGACGCCAGACUCUGUUUCUCUCAGGAUCGGUAUAUAUUUCACAUACUCAGAUCGGAUGGAAUCACGUUUCUGUGUAUGGCCAACGAUACAUUCGGAAGAAGAAUUCCAUUUUCGUACUUGGAGGAUAUUCACAUGAGGUUCAUGAAAAACUAUGGCAGAGUGGCCCAAUAUGCACUUGCUUAUGCGAUGAAUGAUGAAUUCUCUAGGGUCUUGCAUCAGCAGAUGGAAUUCUUCUCCAGUAAUCCUAGUGCAGAUACUCUCAAUCGUGUAAGAGGUGAAGUUGGUGAGAUACGCACAAUCAUGGUGGAUAAUAUCGAGAAGAUAUUGGAGAGAGGAGACAAGAUUGAGCUUCUUGUUGAUAAAACUGCAACAAUGCAAGACGGUGCGUUUCACUUCAGGAAACAGUCUAAGCGCCUUCGCCGAGCACUGUGGAUGAAAAAUGCUAAACUCUUGGCCCUCUUGACAGUCUUAAUUGUCGUGUUGCUGUACAUAAUAAUUGCUGUGUGUUGUGGUGGCAUCACUCUACCUUCCUGCAGAUCCUGAAUUGCAAUUGGCUGGUGUUGUAUUUCCGUUGGGGUAUGUUUAAUGUUGUUUAAGGUGAAUUAUGCUAGUUCAUCUUGGAAAGUGUGAAUUGUGCUUCAAAUUCUAGGGUGAAUGUGGAAAUAUAGUAUAUGUAUACAGCUGCAAUGUUCCAGAAAUAAUUAUGUCGGCGCCCUAGCUGUAGUUGCACUUGGUAUUUCAAGUGAUAUCUUGGAAGGUUGUUGAGUUGCCAUUAUAUUUUUGGGUGAUGGUUGUAUUUCUAUAAACGCUUGGAUUCUUUUUAUCUUGUCAUUUAUUGUUGAGGUCCAGAUUCCAGAAUCCAGAUUCUGUUCGUGGAA